AUGGACACGAUGGCGAAAAAUGCAACUGCACUCAACACUCUUAAGGACUGUCUCCAGUUUCUGGAGUGGUUGCAUGGUGACAAGCUGGGACAGCAGAUGAAAGGCUUGAUAUCUAGUCGUUUGAAAAGGCUCCUGGACAAGAGGUAUAACACUGUUGAUCCGUCACAAAUUGAGAAAGCACUCUCCACUUUUCUUAGCAGUGUACAUACAUUUCACACUAAAUUAUGCAAAUCUCCACAGCCUAAAUAUACUGGCCCCCAAACCGCUAAAAAUGCCCUCAACGCUCUGCUUGACUGCAUCCCCAAACUGCUUGCCGCCGUGUACUUUCUGCGGUACCAGGUGGAUGCGAACUUUGCGGCGCUGGGGGGAGGGGGGUGGAAGGAUGACGGACAAGUUGGAUGGGUUGAAAUGUACGCCCGUAUGCGUCAAGGCGCUGCAUCCAUGGCCGGACCAGUAGACAAAUAUCUCAUUGCUUCAUCCGGUGAUACAACGUACGGCGGAAUUAUCCCCGGAGGCUUCGCUCCAGGGGACCUGAAGCCAGGUUAUCUUCAGGGUGGUUACUCCCCGGCUUCUCAAAUGGCCGGUGACCUUCAAAAUAUUUUAGAGAAGGAGACUAAUGCGCAUAAUCUCUUUCGCGACGUCUAUUCCACAACAGUAAUUCCAGACUCCGGCGCCGGGACUCCGAACGUCGCCAACGCUCUUCGGUUGGUGCAAGAUUUCUGUAGGAUAUUUGGGGAAGUAACGAAUGAAAUAGAUUUUAAAAUGCAUUUAUACUCGAAAGACAAAUGCAUCGAGUGGGAUAAAUUGCAAGCACAUUGCAAGAAACUUAUAAGCCCUCUUGAACAAAUUUUCACCGGUGGACGGUUUUCUUUCACAGGCUACGGGAGAGAAUAUGAGAAGCUUAAUAAACAAGAUGUUGCUAAAAAAAUGGCCAGUUGGUUUAAAAAACAUUUGGAGACGGUGAAAGAGAAGUUGGCCCAAAUUAAGGCUUUUAGUAGCGUAAAAGAUUCUAAAAAGCUUAAGAGCGGUAAGCCCUUGACUAACCAACAUUCCACAGCCCUUCAAAAUUAUUUCACCAAGCAAUUUAUUCCCUACGGAUUCACGUUUUAUGGUCACCAGUACAACAAGAAUGCUCCGUAUGAUCUUUUGAAGGGGCAGUGGGACACUGCAAUCAGUGAGCUUCAAAGCAGUGACGGCGGUUUGCAGAGGCUUGUUGACAUUCUGAAUGGUGAGCAGUGUAAAGCAGAAGAGGAACAAAGAAAACAAAGGCAAAAUGAUGAUGAUCAGCCUGAAGAAAUAGAUGAAGAGCUUCUGGAGGAGCCUGAGGAUGAAGAGUUAAAGGAUGGAAAGAUUGUUACACUUCCCAAACCAGGAGCUGCAAAACCUGUGAUCACCAAGGCCGAGGCGGCGAAGCCGACUGCCACUGGUGCUGAGGGAGCACAGAACCAGGGGAAGAAGGCGGAGGGAGCACAGAACCAAGGCAAGAAAAGUGAGGGAGCGCAGAACCAAGGCAAGAAAACAGGUGUAGAUCCAAAUCAAAAUAAUGGUCAAAGUGAAGAAAAGUCUCCAGCUCUACCAGUUGGAAAGCCUCCUGCUCCAGCUCAGUCUUCCGAUGUGAAAGGAGCCCCAGGCCCGUCAGGGCCUGCUGGUCCAGAACCUCCGGGGUCUUCUUCGGCUCCAGGUUCGUCAGGUAACCAAAUUGUACAAGUUCAAAAACCUGAUACAGUAUCGCCAGUUCCUCCCCCUCUUCUUGCAGCCCCUGCCCCCGCUGGUCAGCCGGGUGUAGGUCAGGGUUCACCGGGCGGUGAUGCUCCAACUCCACAGCCUGUUUCCCCUAAAGACACUGUGCUUGCUCAGCCUACAGGUGUUCCAGGGUCAGACGCUGGGAUAACUGGUGGUAAGGGGACUAGGCAAGAUAGUGGUCAAGGUGUUGGUCAACCAACAACUCAACCCUCCGAUCUCAAUUCAAGCGGCGUCGCUACUACUUCGGUUGUCCCGGCGUCUGAUCCAGGUAGCGGUGGGAGUGAAGGGUCUCCACAGGAUACCGUUAAAGAAGAUCCCUGUCCUAGUGCCAAGGGGUUUACGAAAAUCAAACUAUGGCCCAAUAGCAGUACUUACUGUGUCAGAACGGCUGAUUAUGAUAGGCAGGACGAAAUUAAUAAGAAGUGGUACGAUAAGGUAAAACAUGGUCUAGAAGCUGCCGAGGAACGCAAACGGCAAGAUGAAAAGGAAAAGCAGCAGAAAGAGGCAGAAGAGCGUCAGCUUCAGGAGGAAGUGGAGGAAUAUAAACGCAAAUUAUUGCAGGGAAUGCAAAUGGAAACCAAAAUUCUCAAUGAGCAUCCCGGCAUUCCAACGUAUGCCGACGCUGACAAAGUGAAGGCGAAAACAAUGCUUCGAUCAGGAUACACGCCUGUAGAUCUAAAAGAGCCCGGUUUCACCCCUAGCGUUCCCGACGGCAACGGCAUAACAGGCGGUAGAGGAGUCCCGGACUCCAUGCCUCCACCAGCUUUCACUUUUACUGGCCACCCGUUGGAUUCAAAAAAAAUGAAGAAUCCCGUGCAACAUCCUCCACCAGAGCAUAAACCUCUUGGACAAUUAUUGGUUCCCAAGCCUGCAGCCCGAUCAGCGCCUAGAAUCAAACGCCCUGAAAAAAAGGCUCCUUUUUCCGCCCCAGCCCCCUCACUCAUAACAGCGCCCGUGGAUGACAUGGCCAGGUUACAAUUCACGGACAUCUCCGUCGUCGACCCAAGCGGCCCCUCAAGGUCAACGCAGGACGUCCCUCUGCCACCUCAGAUCGAUCCGGCGCAUCACAAAAUUUUCGACGUAAAGGUGUUCCUCCCUUGA